AUGACUGAUUGCCACAAGAUUCGGUUCUCACCCUGGAGGAUCCAGAGCAAUUUCUCCUCCUGUCUGGAUGCGGGCUGUUGCCACGGCUACCAGCCUGGACCCGCUGAGCCUAAACCCGGGGAAGCAGGGAAGGAGAGAGGGGCUCUGCUGGGCUCCGAGCUGGUGCCAGCCACCCCCCAGUCAGGGUACGGCCACGCGGCGCCCGGCACGGACUCCGGCAAGGUCUUCUGCAUGUUCUAUGCCCUCCUGGGCAUCCCCCUCACGCUGGUCACCUUCCAGAGCCUGGGCGAGCGGCUGAACGCCCUGGUGCGGCGCCUCCUGCUGGCAGCCAAGCGCUGCCUGGGCCUGCGGCGGCCCCGCGUCUCCACCGAGAACAUGGUGGUGGCGGGGCUGCUGGUGUGCGCGGCCACCCUGGCCCUCGGGGCCGUGGCCUUCGCGCACUUCGAGGGCUGGACCUUCUUCCACGCCUACUACUACUGCUUCAUCACCCUCACCACCAUCGGCUUCGGCGACUUCGUGGCGCUGCAGAGCGACGAGGCGCUGCAGAGGAAGCCGCCCUACGUGGCCUUCAGCUUCCUCUACAUCCUCUUGGGGCUCACGGUCAUCGGCGCCUUCCUCAACCUCGUGGUCCUGCGCUUCCUGGCGGCCAGCACGCCCCUGCCCGAGCGCGCCUCGCCCCCCGCGAGCCCGGGGGCUGUGGGUGGCGGCCAGGCAGGCCCGCCCCGGGCUCGGCGGAAGUCCAUCUGA